CGUGAUAGCUUGUUGUUGUUGCCGAUAGUGUAUUAUUUGUUGUUGCUGUUGCGUGUCCGAGUUGCCUUUUAAAAGUCAAACAACAAAAUUCGAAAAAAACAUGCGUACAAGUUUCUAAAUUCAUCCCAGGACCUCUGUUUUAAUCCAUCGCAACACCCGCACCCACGACUGCAUCCCGAACCGAAUCACGACAUUUCGUCACCUUUCGUGACAUUAUGGCUGGACCGCAAACGCUGGAGGGCAAGUAAAGCAAGAAUAAAGCGGUGCGCCAGAAACAAAGGUACACGGAACGUAUUUCUGAUUUCUCGAGUCUCCCGGGGAGGCUCCUUAUUGCAAGAAACCCCAGCCGAACCGUAUUCAGGCGGACGGCAUGCAAUCGCUGCGCUUCCCAAGCCGCAGCCUACUCCUUUUGAACGCCGUUCGAGGACAGCGUUGCCCGCGCAUCAAUUUGCCAAGGAAUUCAACCAGCGGCAGUGUCAGAGGCGGAACGGCUGGAGCUGGAGCUGGAGGAGGUGCUACUGGUGCCGCUGGAGCACGAGCGGGGGCAGGUGGUGUUAGUGGACUCACUGCAGGGGCCCUGCAAAAGCUGCGCGAGUGGCAUGCGAAUGCCUUUAGCACUCGAUUCCUGCUCUUCACCAACGUGGGCAUCUCGCUGACCCUCAGCUGUCUGGGCGAUGUCCUCGAACAGCACUUUGAAAUCUAUUGCGGCGAGAUCGAGCGCUUCGAGUCCACCCGCACCGGUCACAUGGCCAUCAGCGGCGUUACCGUGGGCAUCAUUUGCCACUACUGGUACAAAAUGCUCGACAAGAGGCUACCGGGACGCAGCAUGCGUAUCGUCGCCAAGAAGAUCGUACUCGACCAACUCAUCUGCUCACCGAUCUACAUAUCGGCCUUUUUCGUUACACUGGGCCUGCUCGAGCGGAAGGACAAGAACGAAGUGUGGGCGGAGAUCAAGGAGAAGGCCUGGAAGCUGUACGCCGCCGAGUGGACUGUGUGGCCGGUGGCGCAAUUUGUUAACUUUUACUGGAUACCCACCCACUACCGCAUCUUCUACGACAACAUCAUUAGCCUGGGCUACGACGUCCUCACCUCCAAGGUGAAGCACAAGCAGACGCACCUGAAGAAGCUACCCUAGCACCCGACACCCCUAGGUUUCUCUUUAUGUAACUAUUUAUUUCGAAACAAUAACUUUGUAAAUAUAGACAAUCGCCCCGUGUACAGACAAGCAAACAAGCGAAAUGGUAUUUUGUCUCUGGGCUGGUUUACCAGUUUGGUCGCAUAUCCUUUCUACCUCUUGUUCUUUUUUUUUGCCAAGAGAGCCUGGCUUAGCAAUACAUUGACGGUGUAUUCUAGUCUAGAUGUAAUAGAAUAAUAAAUUUGAUACAAUUUUUAGCCUUUUUGGUGAAAAAUAUAUACUGAAAA